AUGAGCAUGUCUAAGAAAUAUGCUUUCCCCAUCAUCCUCGUAUUCUUGUUGAUGUUGUGGAAUCAAGGGACCAUCUUUGCCUAUGCGCAGCGGGGACCGCCUGUGACAAGUGUGAGGGUUAUCCCCAUAUAUGGUGCAGAUGUAGGGUUCAAUAUCCACUGCAAAUCAUCCAGCGGUGUCGACCUCGGGCACCACCUGAUCGUGAAGGGGGAAACUUACGGCAUUGACAUAACGCCCAGCCUGCCGGGGAAGACGAUAUAUGUCUGCUCGGUGCAAUGGCAGGGCAGAGGGGUCGCCUUUGUCAUUUACUCGGAGAACAGGGAUUACAACAAUAGGUGCAAUAAUCUCUGCCUGUGGGCCGUUAGGGAAGACGGUGUCGUCGGACAAAGAGAGGACGCCCACGGUCUCGAUUUCGAUCUUCACUUCCCUUGGACCCAGUGA